AUGGUACAUUUGCCAAGUGAAUACAUCUUGGAUAGGUGGACAAAAAAUGCAAAAGUUGGAAGAGUUUGGGAUGAUGAUGGUGUCGAAGUGAAAGAUGAUGGUGAUAAGUCAUUGAUGAUGAGAUAUAUUCAAUUAUCUCAACUUUCACAAGCUGUAAUUGAUGAGGCGUCUCUUUCACCAGAAACAACAAAAUAUUUCACAGAUGGACUCCAUUCGCUUCGCCUUGGUAUUAAAGAACUUCUCUCAAGUCUGGGUGUUGAGGAACUUCCAUCCACAAAGAAAAGAAUACCUCAGCAAAUACUCAUUGAAGAACCAUCUCAAUCAAAGGCUAAAGGAAGUGGGAAGAGGUUGAAGUCAUCCAAAGAAAUUGCAAUGAAUAAGCAGAGAAACUGUGGAAAAUGUGGUAAAAGUAGGCAUAACAUAAAAACAUGUGACAAGCACAAUAAUGACAAUACUAAUGGGUCAAGUAUACAAAUCAACCCCACUGAGCAAUCAAAUGAAGCACCACUUAGCAUGUAA